CUUAAUUUGAAAAUUUGACCGGAAGAAAGUGUUUUCAGUCCUGUUAACUCUCCAUUGACGCAGCUCAGUAACGAUGCCUGCCAUAACACCCAAAUAAAACAGUCCUGUAUCCGCUGGGUUCUCGCGCACCGCACCGGAGCGUGCGCGAGACAGGACAUUAUUCACAGUCGGAGAGAUCUUGCCUUCUCGAGAUAAGAUACAGGCGUUCCACGAGAGACGGGGGACUCGCCACAUCUGUUGCCGAGGUUAAUUCAUUAUCACGUUAGCAUCCAGCUAGCAAUCUAUAUUUCAAGGUACCCAACGUAACAGCAAGGUUUACAUUACUGCGAACAUGACGAAUGUCAUCUCUCGUUUGUGGUGGACAGCGUUCGACAUGAGUCUUCAGUAAAUACUGUAAACAGGUCAAUAUAUUACGACCGAAGAAAAAGACGCAGCCUAACAUAAACGUGUCGGGAUGGGUUUCAUGUAAGUCAAGGGAGCUAGCUUGCUAGCUGCAUGGAAACACAGUUUUAGGUUAUGCGGCUGCUGCAGAGUGUAGCUUGUAGCUACACACCCUGCUAGCUAACAUGGACUGUUUGCUUCCUAUCGAGUCUGACGGUGUCUCAGAUAGGUAAAUAUAAUGAUAUUACUGCAUUCAAUAGUCAGCUAGAAGGACGACGCGACAAUGGAGUCUUUCCUGCAGAUAGCUCCCCAUUCCCUGGCUAUAGUUCUGUCCAGGGUCGGGGCUGUGGAGGCGGUCGGGGUAUCAGAGAGUGACGAGCUGCCGAGACACCACACCGGCUAUGAGAUUUUUGCUGAUUUCAAAGCAGAAAAUACGCAGCAACAUGUGUGGAACCAGCGGAUUACAGAGGCUGUGUCCGAGACCUUCUUUCUUGGAUGGAUAGACGAGCAUGUCCUGUUGAUACAGGGGAAGGAGGACCAUCUGGAGGUGCUGAGAGAGGGAUGGAUGCGGAGGUCCCUCAAUCCGCCACGGGGAUUCACCAUCAAAUACCUGGGU